CCUUGCGCGAGCUCUCUGCAUUGGGGGGACGGGAGUUUACAAUUGCACAACUUACACUCGCCUCAUAGUUACUCCUCAAAACCUCUGCAAUGGAUGGCAUCCAAGCAGUGUCCGUGAGCAACCAGCAAUGGCUGUCACCCCGGAACAAACGGCACUCAGGGGCGCUCAGGGCUUGCUUGGCACUCACUGUUGCCUCGGCCAAGCACGCCGCCAAGCAAGCGCCAAGAGCCCGAUGAUUUGCAGUCCACCACCGCAUCACAAACAACGCAAUCUCCCUCUUCUUCACGCCUCCUUCUCUCCUUCUUCCAUCGUCUCUGGCCUCCUCGGAGCGAUGGCCGUGCCGUCAGAAGGCCGUAAAGCAGAGACUACGGCGCCAUGAGAUCGCGAGGUCCGCCACUCCUCCUCCUCGCCUUGGCCUGCCGCUACGCAGCUGCGGGCAGCGCCGACAACCAGACGACGACGACGACGGCCGUGUCGGUCUACUUGCCGGAAUACAGCGACUCGGACUGGGCCGCGCUCCGCGGGAGCAUCAUCAGCAGUGACGAGUCUGUCACCGCAUACACCGUCUUCUGCGCGGACCAGGCGCCGAGCUGCCAGAUCGCCGGCGCCCUGCCCUUCGUCUUCACCGAGGGUGCCCACACGCUCGUAUACACGGGCAGCGACCCGGGAACUCUAACGGCCGACCUGCGGUGCCAGCUGGAGGGAACGACGGCGGCGACCUGCACGGGCUCGUCGUCGCUGGGCGCGAACGACCGGGAAGGGACGCUGACGGGCCCCACGCAAGUUGCCUGGACGAAGACGUUCGCGGCCGCCGACGUCACAUGGGGCGUGCUGACGCUGUCCACGCCCCCGCCGCUGCCGGGCACGACCGGCUUUGACGGCCCCGCGGUCCCGACCGUGAUGGCUGCUCCGACGCCAACCUCCGGAGCGAGGGGGCGGCUGGUGAGCAGGGCAGUGAUGCUCGGGGCUUCGGUCGGGGCGGUUGUGUUGAGCUGUCUUUUUUGUUUUGGAGAGGGGAUCUUCUAGUCAAGUGUGUGGGGUUUGGAGUUGGGUUUGGACGGAUACCUAGCAACCGGCCAACAUCCGUCCUCUUUAGUCG